AUGAACACGAGAAGUGACGUACUCGAGAGAUCAGUAGACUCAUCCAGCAAGCCCCUAGUUUUCUCGCGUAUCUGUAGCACCAUUUUCUCUCCAAGUUCUUCUGUUCCACAACAACUUGCCGAAAGGCUGAUACUUCCAAACAAAUCAGCUUUCUUUCUCUGCACGCAAGUCAUUUGCUGCUUCCAUCAUACACUCUUUAAUGAAGUUGCCAUCAAUUUAAAUGAAAUCCCAAUUAUUAACUUGUUUCUUUUUAAUUUUUGUUCCCCACCUCUCUCUCUCUCUCUCUCUCUCUCUCUCUAUCUAUCUAUCUAUCUAUCUAUCUAUCUAUCUAUCUCUCUUUCUUUCACUAUGUCUUUUCUCGCGUCUUCCGCUCUUUAUUCCCCCUUUCGCUUUUUCUUUCCUUCGUCUUUCGCUGUUUUGUCCCUUCUCCUUCCGCUCGUUUUUUCCUUCUUCUUCCGUUCUUUAUUCCCCUUUUCUUUCGCCAACUAUUAUACCCUACUUCGCUUUCUUUUCUUGUCCUUUCGCUUUUUUGCCCCCCCUCCUCCUCUUUUUUGGCUUCUUCUUCCGCCCUUUACUCCCAUCAUCUUCCGCUCUUUACUCACAUCAUCUUCCGCUCUUUACUCUCCUCAUCUUCCGCUCUUUACUCCCCUCUUCUUCCGCUCUUUACUCCCAUCAUCUUCCGCUAUUACUCUCCUCUUUCGCUCUUUACUCCCCUAUUCUUCCGCUCUUUACUCUCCUCUUCUUUCGCUCUUUACUCCCCUCUUCUUUCGCUCUUUACUCUCCUCUUCUUCUUUCACUCCUUUCUUCUCUUUUUCUCUCUCUUCCGCUCUUUCUCUCUUCUUCUUCCGCUCUUUACUUCCCUUCUUCUUACCCUCUUUACUCUCCCUCUUCUUCCGCUCUUUGCUCUCCCAUCCUCUUCUCCCUCUUUACUCUCCUCAUCUUCCGCUCUUGCUCCCCCCUCAUCUUCCGCUCUUUACUCCCUCAUCUUUCGCUCUUUACUCCCCUCAUCUUCCGCUCCCUCUUUACUCCCAUCAUCUUCCGCUCUUUACUUUUGUCUUCCUCACUCUCCUCUUCUUCCGCUCUUUCUCCCAUCUUUUUCCUCAUCUUCCCUCUUUACUCCCAUCAUCUUCCGCCUCUUUCCUCUCCUCAUCUUCCGCUCUUUGCUCUCCCCUCAUCUUCCAUCUCUUUACUCUCCUCUUCUUUCAUCUUCCCCUCUUCUUUACUCUUCUCUCCUCUUCUUUCGCUCUUACUCCCAUCAUCUUCCGCUCUUUGUCUUCUCCCUCUUCUUUUCGCUCUUUUCUCCCUCUUCUUUCGCUCUUUACUCUCCUGUCUUCUUUUCACUCUCUCAUCUUCCCGCUCCUCUCCUCUUCUUCCGCUCUUUUACUCCCAUCUUCUUCCGCUUCUUUUACUCCCUCAUCUUCCUCUUCUUUCGCUCUUUCUUCUCUCCCUCAUCUUCCGCUCUUUACUCCCCUCAUCAUCCGCUCUUUACUCUCUCUUUCAUCUUCCCCUCUUUUCCUCCAUCAUCUUCCGCUCUUUACUCCCCUCUUCUUUCGCUCUUUACUCUCCUCAUCUUCCGCUCUUUACUCCCAUCAUCUUCCGCUCUUUACUCUCCUCUUCUUUCGCUCUUUACUCCCCUCUUCUUUCGCUCUUUACUCUCCCUCUUCUUUCUUUCUUUACUCCCAUCUUCUUUCGCUCUUUUACUCUCAUCUUUCUUUUCUCCCUCAUCUUCCUCCUCUCUCCUUCUUCCGCUCUUUACUCCCCUCUCCUCAUCUUCCGCUCAUUUACUUUACUCCCCUCAUCUUCCGCUCUUCUCUCCUCUUCUUGCUCUUUCUCCCCUCAUCUUCCUCCUCUUUGCUCUUCCUCCCUCUUCUUCCGCUCUUUUACUCUCCCCUUCAUCUUCCGUUCAUUCCGCUCUUUCCUCCUCAUCUUUCUUUACUCCCCUUUUUACUCCCAUCAUCUUCCGCUCUUUACUCUCCUCUUCUUUCUUUACUCUUUUUCUCCUCUUCUUUCCCUCUUCUUCCCCUCUUUCGCUUCACUCUUCUUCCUCUUCUUCCCUCAUCUUUCCGCUCUUUACUCCCAUCAUCUUCCGCUCUUUACUCUCCUCUUCUUUCGCUCUUUACUCCUCUCCCUCAUCUUCCUUCUCCCUCAUUUACUCUCCUCUUCUUCCGCUCUUUCUCCCCUUCUUCAUCUUUUCUCCUCUUCUUUACUCUUUACUCCCCUCUUCUUCCAUCUUUCUCUCCUCAUCUUCCGCUCUUUUCCCCAUCAUCUUCCGCUCUUUACUGUUGUCUUCUUUUCACUCUUUACUCCCUCUUCUUCUCUUUUUCUCUCUCUUUCUUCUCUCCUCUUCUUCCGCUCUCAUCUUCCCCCAUCUUCCGCUCUUUACUCCCAUCAUCUUCCGCUCUUUGCUCUCCUCAUCUUCCUCUCUUUACUCCCAUCAUCUUCCGCUCUUUACUCCCAUCAUCUCCCGCUCUUUACUGUUGUCUUCUUUCACUCUUUACUCCCCUCUUCUUCCGCUCUUUCCUCUCUUCUUCUUCCGCUCUUUACUGUUGUCUUCUUUCACUCUUUACUCCCCUCUUCUUCCGCUCUUUCCUCUCUUCUUCUUCCGCUCUUUACUCUCCCCAUCUUCCGCUCUUUACUCCCAUCAUCUUCCGCUCUUUGCUCUCCUCAUCUUCUUCUCUUUACUCCCAUCAUCUUCCGCUCUUUACUCUCCAUCAUCUUCCCUCUUUCUUUAUCUUGCUCUUUCUUCCUUUCUUCUGCUCUUUACUCCCAUCAUCUUCCGCUCUUCCUCUCUUCCGCUCUUUACUCCCUCUUCUUUCUUCCCUCUCUUUUCUUCCCCUUUUCUUCCUCUUCUUUACUCCCCAUCAUCUUCCCGCUCUUUACUCCCAUCAUCUUCCGCUCUUUACUCCCAUCAUCUUCCGCUCUUUGCUCUCCUCAUCUUCCGCUCUUUACUCCCCUCAUCUUCCGCUCUUUACUCUCCUCUUCUUCCGCUCUUUACUCCCAUCAUCUUCCGCUCUUUACUCUCCUCUUCUUUCGCUCUUUACUCCCCUCUUCUUCCGCUCUUUACUCUCCUCAUCUUCCGCUCUUUACUCCCAUCAUCUUCCGCUCUUUUCAUCUCUUUACUCCCAUCAUCUUCCGCUCUUUACUCCCCUCUUCUUCCGCUCUUUCCUCUCUUCUUCUUCCGCUCUUUACUCUCCUCUUCUUCCGCUCUUUACUCCCAUCAUCUUCCGCUCUUUACUCUCCUCAUCUUCCGCUCUUUACUCCCAUCAUCUUCCGCUCUUUGCUCUCCUCAUCUUCCGCUCUUUACUCCCCUCAUCUUCCGCUCUUUACUCUCCUCUUCUUCCGCUCUUUACUCUCCUCUUCUUCCGCUCUUUACUCCCUCAUCUUCCUCUCCUUUUCUCUCCUCAUCUUCGCUCUUUACUCUUCCUCAUCUUCCGCUCUUUACUCCCAUCUUCUUUCUUCCGCUCUCCUCUUCUCCUCUUUACUCCCUCAUUUCUCUUUUCCCCUCAUCUUCUUUCUUUCUCUCUCUUCUUCUUCUUUCUUCUCUCCUCUUUCUUCCUCUCUUUUCUUUUUACUCCCUUCUUCCAUCUCAUUUACUCUUCUCUCAUCUUCCGCUCUUUUCAUCUUCCGCUUUACUCCUCCUCUUUCCAUCUUUCUUCCAUCAUCUUCGCUCUUACUCUCCCAUCUUUUCUCUUCUUCUCUUUUCCGCUCUUCUCCCUCUUCUUUCGCUCUUUACUCUCCUCAUCUUCCCCUCUUUACUCCCAUCAUCUUCCGCUCUUUUUUCCCCCUUCAUCUCCCGUCUUCUUUACUCCCCUCUUCUUUCUCUUUACUCAUCCCUCUUCUUCCUCAUUUCUUUCUUUACUCCCUUCUUCUUCCGCUCUUCUUUCCUCUUCUUGUCUUUCUUUUUUCCUCUUUACUCCCCUCUUCUUUCCACUCUUUCUUCUUCUCUUCUUCCGCAUCUUCUUUACUCUCCAUCAUCUUCCCGCUCUUUACUGUUCUCCCCUCUUUUACUCCCCAUCAUCUUCCACUCUUUCCUCCCCCUCUUCUUCCUCUUCCCCUCUUCUUCUUUCCUCAUCAUCUCCCGCUCUUUCGCUCUUUCCCAUCAUCUUCCGCUCUUUUUACUUGUUCCUCUUCCUCAUCUUCCGCUCUUCUCUCCUCAUCUUUCCCCUCUUCUUCCUUUCGCUUUUCUCCUCUUCUUCUCUUUCCGCUCUCUUUACUCCCCUCUUCUUCCGCUCUUUUUCUCCCAUCAUCUUCCGCUCUUUACUCCAUCAUCUUCCGCUCUUUACUCCCAUCAUCUUCCGCUCUUUACUCCCCUCAUCUUCCGCUCUUUCGCUCUUUCUCUCUCUCUUCUUCCGCUCUUUACUCCCAUCAUCUUCCGCUCUUUUACUCUUCUCCUUUCUUCUCUUCUUCGCUCUUUACUCCCCUCAUCUUCCGCUCUUUACCUCUCCUCUUCUUCCGCUCUUUACUUCCCAUCAUCUUCCUCUCUUUACUCUUUGUCUUCUUCUUUCCUCUUUACUCCCCCCUCUUCUUCCGCUCUUUCCUCUCUUCUUCUUUCCCCUCAUCUUACUCUUCCUCUUCUUCGCUCUUUACUCCUAUCAUCUUCCGCUCUUUUCUCUCUCCUCAUCUUCCCUCUUCUUCGCUCUUUCUCCCAUCAUCUUCCGCUCUUUCUCUUCUCCUCAUCUUCCCCUCUUCUCCCCUCAUCUUCCGCUCUUUACUCUCCUCUUCUUCCGCUCUUUUCUCUCCCUCUCUUCCGCUCUUUACUUUCCUAUCUUCUUUCCUCUUUACUCUCCUCUUCUUUCGCUCUUUUCUCUCCUCUCUCUUCCCGCUCUUUACUCCCAUCAUCUUCCGCUCUUGCUCUCCUCAUCUGUCUUUCUUUCACUCUUUACUCCCCUCUUCUUCCGCUCUUUUCUCCCUCUUCUUCUUCCGCUCUUUUUUCUUCUCUCUUUUCCCCUCUUCUUCCGCUCUUUACUCCCUCUCUUUACUCCCCAUCAUCUUCCGCUCUUUACUCCCCUCUUCUUUCGCUCUUUAUUCUCCUCUUCCCGCUCUUCUUCCCUCUUCUUCCGCUCUUUCCUCAUCUUCUUCUUUUUCUCCCAUCAUCUUCCUCUCUUUAUUCUCCUUUCUUCUUUUCGCUCUUUACUCCCCUCUUCUUCCGCUCUUUACUCCCUCAUCUUCAUCUUUUCUCCUCUUCUUUCGCUCUUUACUCCCUUCUUCUUCCGCUCUUUACUCCCCUCUUCUUCCGCUCUUUACUCCCCUCUUCUUCCGCUCUUUCCUCUCUUCUUCUUCCGCUCUUUACUCUCCUCUUCUUCCGCUCUUUACUCUCCUCUUCUUCCGCUCUUUACUCCCAUCAUCUUCCGCUCUUUGCUCUCCUCAUCUUCCUGCUCUCCUUUACUUCCCAUCUUCUUCCUCUUCUUUGCUCUUCUCUCUCAUCUUCCGCUCUUCUUCCCCUCAUCUUUCCGCUUCUUUUCUCCUCUUCUUCCGCUCUUUACUCCCAUCAUCUUCCGCUCUUUACUCUCCUCAUCUUCCGCUCUUUAUCUUCCCUCUUCUUCUCCCAUCAUCUUCCGCUCUUUACUCUCCUCAUCUUCCGCUCUUUACUCCCCUCAUCUUCCGCUCUUUACUCUCCUCUUCUUCCGCUCUUUACUCCCAUCAUCUUCCGCUCUUUACUCUCCUCUUCUUUCGCUCUUUACUCCCCUCUUCUUCCGCUCUUUACUCUCCUCAUCUUCCGCUCUUUACUCCCAUCAUCUUCCGCUCUUUACUGUUGUCUUCUUUCACUCUUUACUCCCCUCUUCUUCCGCUCUUUCCUCUCUUCUUCUUCCGCUCUUUACUCUCCUCUUCUUCCGCUCUUUACUCCUAUCAUCUUCCGCUCUUUACUCUCCUCAUCUUCCGCUCUUUGCUCUCCUUCAUCUUCCGCUCUUCCCGCUCCCCUCAUCUUCCGCUUUCUUCUUCCCCCCUCUUCUUCCGCUCUUUACUCCCCUCUUCUUCCGUUCUUUACUCUCCUCUUCUCUUGCUCUUUACUCCCCUCUUCUUCCGCUCUUUACUCUCCUCAUCUUCCGCUCUUUACUACCCUCUUCUUCCGCUCUUCUAUUCUUUUUUCGCUAUUUCUUUCCUUUUUGCUUUAAUGUCUCAUUCUUUCUUCCUUUCUUCUUUUGUUCCUUCUUUCCUUAUUUUUUCUCUCAUUCCCUCUUUCAUUCUCUUUCACUCAUCCUCUUUCUCUCACUCGCUCUUUUUUUAAUCAAUCAUUCUAUUAUUUCUUCUCUCUGUCUCUCUCUUCAUUCUUUUCUGUCAUCUAAUGCCUCUCUCACACUUUCACUCUCGAUCUUUACCUCUCUCAUUAUUAACAUUAUUUCUUCUGUCCCUCACGUCUUUCUUUCUCUUUCUCUUUCUCUCUCUUUCGUUCGCUUUUUUCCCAACCAAUUAUUUUAUUCUUUCUCCUUAUGUCUCUCUCUUCACUUCCCUUUAACUACUCUCUCUUUACUUCCCUCUUUCUUCACUUCUCAUUCUAACCUUUCUUCAGAUAUUCACCCCCUCUCUCUCUCUCUCUCUUACUUCUCUCCCCUCCCGUCUUUCACUCGUGCGUUUGCUCUUCAAUCGAUUAAUCAUUUCUCCUUCUCCCCUUCUCUCUCUCUCUAUCACCCUCUAACCUUCUCUCUCAUACUUUACCCUAUCUCACUUUCAAUUUUUUCUUGGCUUUUUAUUCCCCUCACGUUAAGUACUUUCUCUCUUCAGUCUAAUCUUUCUCCAAUUUUUCACUCUCUCGCGUUCUCUUUCUCUCUCUCUCUCUCUCUCUCUUACAUUCUGACUUUCUCUUUCUUAUUUUACCCCCCUCUCUCUCUCUCUCUCUCAUUCUCUAUCUCUUCUCUACUUUCGUUCACUCUUUCUUUCCUUAAUCAUUCUAACCUUUGUUCAGUCUUUCAUUUUUCCCGCUCUCUUUUUCUCACUCUCUUUUACCUUCAGAUUUUCUCAUUCUCCUUUUACUCUCUCUCUCUCUCUCUCUCUCUUUCGUUCGCCCUUUAA